AUUCAAGUGAUACUAAUUUUGUUUUUAGGCUUAAGAUGAUUUCAUGGAAUUGAAAUGGGAUGCAAUUGUAGGGCUACACAAAAGCAGUUUUUAGGGCUAAUCUCUGCUUUUCCAAACAUUCAAAACCAUUUUAAUUUCUCGCUUAGUCUGAAACAGUGAAAACCAUUUUCUUUAGACAACGCGACGAGAAUGGCGCUGCGUCUCUUCUCUUCUCUUCUCUUGCUUGGGGGGCCAAGAGUCUUCCUCCGCAGCAGCAGCAAAGCACAGCAGUUCUGACGAGAAUGCGGCGGCGGAGGAGCAGAGGAGGGGUGGACCGGUGGUUGUGGAUCGGAGCUCUUAUCAUCGCCUGAGCCGGAGCUGCUCUUCAACCUAGAAGUGCCGCCGAGUCGGCCGGGGAGCGGCGGGAAGUUUGGAGGGAAUAAGCGUAUCAUACCAACGAUUUGAUUAUCUACUUGCGGUGUGUGAGCGGGAGAGAUUACUACUUGAGAAAGAGGAACAGAAGGGUAAGCAACAAAAGAAAGGAGGAUGCUAUGAUGAUGAUGAUGAUGAUGAUCAGUACUAUUUAGGUGGGGUUGAUCUCAAUCAGAGUUUGAUCAUGCCUUCACUGCCUGAUAAGGAGGAAUGGAGGAAAAAACUGAUGGGUUCAUUUUAUGGCUGCUUAUCUUGGCACAAUACUGUUGUUGUGAAGCCUGUGGUGCAAAGUACAGCACUAAGCAACAUCCCAGAGCCAGUUAUUUCACAUUCCAGUGGCAGUGAUGAGGUUGGGGGAGAAGCUGUGGCAGAGAGGAUCAAUAAUUCCAAGAAGCGAAAGAGGGUGCCCAAAAACGGUCCAGAACCACCACCCGGACUACCGGUUGAAUUCAAAAAUUUAAUUCUCCAAUUGGAUGGUAACCGGGCAGUAUGUGUUGAGAAAUUGGUGAUUCAAAAGGAGCUUACCAAAACAGAUGUAAAGAGCACCCAGAAUAGGCUGUCAAUCCCAGCAAGUCUUGUGAGGGAGGAGUUCCUUACGGAAGAAGAGCAUCUUCUACUUUGUCAGCACAAUGGGAAGAAUGUGUGUUCUAUAGAAGUUCCAUUGAUCACACCAAUGAUGGAAGUAGCAAAGGGGAGCUUGAGGAGGUGGGAGAUGAAGAAGGAAAGUGGAGUUUUCAGUGUGUCUUAUGUCAUAGCUAAUACUUGGAAUGCAAUCCGAAGACGGAAUAAAUUUGAAAGCAAGAUGAUAGUUCAAUUGUGGGCUAUUCGGGUUGAUGUAGACUUGUGGAUGGCUCUAGUUAGGCUGUCUUGAUCUUUUAAUCAACUUACCACUUCAGUUUAGGAGAUACAAACAUGCUCUUUGUAUAUGCUUUUUUGUGUUUUUGAAACUAAUUCAAAGAGUUUUGAAUUUUGAUAUGAAUUUCUAUCAAAUACUGUUCAGUUCA